AUGGUCACCAUCUUACCCGCCCCAUACGGGCUGUCGCUCAAGGAUGCCUCCCUCCUUCUCACCCACGAAUACCUUCCCCUGGAGGCCGGAGUGGCCCAUACAGCCGACGGAAUGAUCCACAUUGCCGCCUCGACGUACAUGAAGGGCUGCACCGGCGCGAUGCUCGACUGGUGGUUCGGGUGGGUGCACACGACACAGCAAUACCAGCUCUGGCACCCACGCGAUCAUGUCUUUUCCGACUGGGAAGGUCCGCGGGGCAACGGCAGCGAGUACAUUGGCGGGCACCACCUGGUCGAGGAGUACAUUGGGGGGGAGCUGGCCAGCUUGAAGAUCUCCUUCCGCGACCCGGAGGUCUACUUCGGCCCCGGGUGGCAGGCGGCGUUCAACGCCGCCGGCUAUGCCACCGCGGUGUGCGCCCGCGUAGGGCAGUGGAAUCGCACCUCCGGACAGGUCGUUUAUGUAGGGCAUCUAAUUCAUCUGGUCAAGGAGGAGCCGGAUGGAGUGCGCAUGCGCUCGCGCUUCUGGCUUGGCGACGUGGAAGAAGGCGUCGCCGAGGGCGCCGCCGACGGUGCCGCCGUGUCGGGCGGGUUUGCACUGGGCUUACUGAGGCAUGCUACCGAGGAGAUGGCAAUCUUAGCAACUAUCCUGCCGGACAUGUAUACUAAAUAUGCUUCUACUUGA